AUGCUGAACAUCAUUUCCCGGCAACAGAGAACUACUCAAUCCAAAAAGGAGAUAAUGUCUAUACCUAGGUACCAAGAGAUCCUUACGGACCCUAGUUAUGCAGGCCAAUUUGUCUUGAUGACAAACCCCCAUAUUGGCAACACUGGUGUCAAUUUUGAUGAUGAAGAAUCAAGACAAUGCUUUUUAGCAGGACUAGUAAUCAGAAGUUUGAGUAUCAGUACCUCAAACUGGAGAUGCACACAGACGCUUGGGGAUUAUUUGGCAGAAAGGAACAUUAUGGGAAUAUAUGAUGUUGACACCCGUGCUAUUACCCGUAGAUUGAGACAAGAUGGUAGCCUUAUUGGUGUACUGAGCACCGAUGAAUCUAAAACUGAUGAAGAACUUAUAAAAACAUCUCGAACUUGGAAUAUUGUUGGCGUGGAUUUAAUAAGUGGAGUCUCAUGUAAGGCUCCUUAUGAAUGGGUGGAUAGAACAAAUUCAGAGUGGGGUUUUAAUGUCAAUGGAAGAAAUGAAGAGUCUUUUCAUGUUGUUGCAUAUGAUUUUGGUAUCAAGCAAAAUAUAUUGAGGCGCCUAGCAUCCUACGGCUGUAAAAUCACAGUCGUUCCUUCUACAUGGCCUGCCUCUGAGACUCUAAAGAUGAAACCUGAUGGAGUUCUAUUCAGCAAUGGUCCUGGAGAUCCGUCAGCAGUUCCUUAUGCUGUUGAAACUGUCAAGGAAAUAAUUGGAAAAGUUCCUGUUUUUGGUAUUUGCAUGGGACAUCAGUUGCUUGGUCAAGCAUUGGGCGGUAAGACCUUCAAGAUGAAGUUUGGUCACCAUGGCGGAAAUCAUCCAGUCCGAAAUCUUCGAAAUGGCCGUGUUGAGAUCAGUGCCCAGAAUCACAACUAUGCUGUUGACCCUGAAUCGCUUCCAGAAGGUACAGAAGUCACUCAUGUUAAUCUCAAUGAUGGAAGCUGUGCUGGGCUUGCCUUCUCUCAGUUAAAGCUUAUGUCACUUCAGUACCAUCCAGAAGCAUCACCGGGACCUCAUGAUUCAGAUCCUGUAUUUGGGGAAUUCAUGCAACUCAUGAAGCUAGAAAAAAAGAAAGCAUGA